AUGGGGGACCGGCGGGCGGCGUCCCGGAGGCGGAGCCGGAAGUCGCUCUGCGCGUCGUGCGGCUGCGGCGGCUCGUCGGCCGGCCCGUGCCGCGGCUGCUGCAGCGGCUGCGGCGCCUCUGCUUGGCCUCGGCCGGCGACGCCCGCCCGGCCCCUGGGUCUCCAUGGCAGCGCCAGCAGCAGCCACUGCAGCUACCGCCGCCUCGUCCACAGCUUCGAGGACGUGCUGAGGCGGCGGCUCCGGGGCCGCAUGCGAGCCGCACGAUUAUCCCCAUCUACCAAGAGUGGAAUAAUCAUCACAACCCAGAAAGACUGCUUGCCAGCAUCUGAGGCACUCCUGUUGGCUCAAAAGCACAAGCAGAAAAUGAAAGGGGAUACCGUGAGUGUGCACCGCAGUGUUCGAGUCAAAACCAAAGUCCCCUGGAUGCCCCCCGGCAAAACACCCUGCAGAGAGUCAUCGUACAAGUGGGAGGGGCCGACCCAUCGCCUGGAAAUCACUCCUCCAGAUUCCGAAAAGUUGCUCUCGGUGCUCCGCUUAAGUGAUCUUUCAACAGACGAGGAGGACGCCAUUCACUGCAAAAUGAACAAGUACGAGAAGAAGAUCGACAGUUUACUGAACGUUGUGGGCUCAUUGAAAAACGAGGUCAAAAUGCCCAAGCGGGAUGAGCCGCGCUGUGUGGCCAAGCGUCUCUUGGAUGAGCAGAAGGAAGAACUGGAGGAGGUCACGCAAGAGCUGGUAGAGACAGAACAUGAGAACACUGUUCUUCGGCGCAACAUCGAACGCAUGAAGGAGGAGAAAGACCUUAGCAUACUCCAGAAGCGGCACUUGCUGCACGAAAAGGAAUGCUUGAUGGCCAAGCUGGUAGAGGCAGAACUGGAUGGAGCGGCCGCCUCCAAGCAGAUCCAGGCCCUGAAGGACACCAUCAGCAAGCUGAAAACGGAGAAGCACAUGACAGUUUCAGACAUCAACACGCUUACCAGGCAAAAGGAGCUGCUGCUGCAGAAGCUGAGCACUUUCGAAGAAACCAACCGGACACUCCGAGACCUGCUUAGAGAGCAGCACAGCCGGGAGAAAGAGUCUCAGAAACUGGCAGAGCAGCAGGCAGGACUGAUGAAGAAGCUGGCCGACUCUGAUGGCGAGAAAGCGCUAUUGCUAAAGAAGCUGCAAGACAAAGAAAAGGAAGUGGAAGAUUUGAUUGUUCAGAUACAGACAGAAAAGGACCAAGCCAAGACUGCAUCUGAGCUCUCCAAGUCCAUGGAAGCGGUCCGGGGGCACCUUCAGGCACAGCUGCGCAAUAAGGAAGCCGAGAACCACCGCCUGGGCAUCCAGAUCCGGAAUCUGGAGCGUGUUGCAGCUCAGCAUAAGGCUGAAGUGGAGAACAUUAUGGAGCAGCUGAAGGAGCUGAAGGCAAAGGGGGACCGUGACAAGGAAGCCCUCAAAAAAGCAAUCAAGGCGCAGAAAGAGCGAGCGGAGCGCAGCGAGGAGUACGCCGAGCAGCUGAACACCCAGCUAGCAGAAAAGGACACCUACGUUGCCGAAGCGUUAUCCACCCUGGAAUCUUGGCGGAGCCGCUACAACCAAGUGGUAAAGGACAAAAGUGACCUGGAGGUUGAGAUAGUGAUGCUGAACAGCCGAAUUUCAGAACUGCUGGAGCAGCAGUCCACCUUGGAGGACAAGAUGCGGGAAGACAGAGACGCCUUGGUGGAUAAACUGCACCGGCAGGUCACAGAGAGCACCUCCUUCAAGAUCGAGAAUGAGAGGCUGAAGAAUAGCAUGAUCCCAGUGGAGGAAAGGCUGAAUCAGGCGCAGCAGGAGAUAGCCAAGCUCAAGGCAUCCCUGAAGAACUACGAAGGGCUCAUAGAAUCCUACAAGAAUCAGGUAUUGAAAACCCGAAUGGAGGCUGAUGAGGUGACUGUGAAACUGGAACUCUGUGACAAAGAGAACAAGGCGCUAAAAGAAGAAAUGAGCAAAGAGAUCGAAAACGCUCGAAAGCAGUUCCAGAGCCAGGUAGCCGAGCUGGAAAAGCUUCCGGAGAUCCUGAAACUCACCGAAACGAAACUGGCCGAGUGUCAGGAUCAGCUCAAGAGUUACGAGAAGAAGAAUACGGACCUGUCAGCCAUGAUCACAGACCUCCGUCAGCGGAUUGAGCUUCAGGGAGACAAGAUGGAAAUCACAAGGGAGAAAUACCAGUCAGCCCAAGAGGAGAACAAGCAGCUGGUCCUCAAGCUGGAAGAAGUGGAGAGGAAACUCGAAGCCAGUAGUGGGCAGAACAUCGAGUUCCUGCAGGUCAUCGCCAAGCGGGAAGAGUCGAUUCACCAGGCCCAGCUGCGCCUGGAGGAGAAGACCCGCGAAUGCAGCUCGCUAGCACGCCAGCUGGAGAUGGCCAUCGAUGACGCCAAGAGGCAGCUGGAACAAGCAAGGGACCAAGCAGCUGUAAGGGAAAGAGCAUCCCAGUGCAAGAUGCUGGAUUUGGAGACUCAGCUGAGCAGGACAAAGACUGAACUGAACCAGCUGCGGCGAAGCAAAGAUGACGCAGAGCACCGCUAUCAAAGCCGCCUCCAAGACCUGAAGGACCGCCUCGAGCAGUCGGACAGCACCAACCGCAGCAUGCAAAACUACGUCCAGUUCCUCAAGUCCUCCUAUGCCAACGUGUUUGGGGACAGUGCUUUGUCCAGCUCCCCCAUCCGUCCCCGUUCUCCUCUGUGAUCCGAACUUUCCCAUUAACACCGGAUCCUCUCUCGCCUCUGGCCCAGCCAGGCGGACCUGUUUCUAAGCCAUAACAUUCCAAGAUCUGCACAGCUCGGGGCCUUCAUCCUGUUCUUGGUGAGCGAUGCGCCUUCCGCUCGGAGCAGACUGGAGAGCACGGUGGGCUUGCCCUCUCCCCGGUCUUCUAGUGCCUUACACAGGUUACCGAUUUUGCAAGUAACCUGCCAACUUUUUAAUAUUUGUACUUUUAUUAACAUUUUGUGAACACCUGUCGCGAUUCCUCCCAUUCGAAGAUCAUGUGUAUUCAAGGCAGAGCUAAUGAGAAUUUUAAUUGGCCUUCAGAGGAAGGGUGAGCACGUUGAAGGGCUGCGUCUGCUAGCAGCGCCCGGCGGGGCAAAAUGCGUGGGCCACGUUUGCUCCGUCGCAGCAAGGGAGAUACUUCAUGCCAGCCAGCUUGUGAAUAUUCAUUGUGUCCCAUGAACCCUGUGUGCCCGGCUUGUGGCAUCGUUACAAAACCACUCACAACCCUAAAACAGCCCUCGGCUUGUGUGGGGGUUUGUCCACCAUGUCACAAAACCACCUUUUUUUAGGCAUGGUUGCACCUUGAAUAUUUAAAACAAACGCCCACAUGAUCCAACAGCCCCAGCAAGUAAAUAAAUCCAUGCUGGGGUGGCGUGACUUUUGGAGACCAUUCCCUUCUAAGUUAUUCUAGGAGGCGUUGCUGGUUUAAUUGCGUAAUUAUAACCAGUGUUCAGGAGUACGGGCAAAAUACCCUGCUUUUGGGGAAGGCACCUGCAUGUUGGUUAUUCCUUAGGAAGAGUUCCUGCAAUCCGCAUUGCAGAUCCACACCUAUUUCACCAUUUCCCAUUUUCUUACGCAGGGCUUCCUGUUGAGCAUUAUGUUCGUCAUAUAUUCAUCCGUUUGUUUUUAUUGGGUGGCCUUGUGCCUGUGUGAUCUCAUUACGUGAUAUUCUGAAGAACUCCUUUCCUGCUUUAGAGUAGAACAUGCUGAUCGCCCCCCCCCCCGCCAAGUCGGGUCUGGCGUUUCAUCUAACGCAACUGCUAGAUUGCUUGAACACACUUUUCUGACCUCUGCGAAAACAGAUAGAAAUAACACUUGUCUUCCCAUUAUUUAUGCUUCGUCAACUUCUGUUCCUGAAUAGGUGGUGAUGGGUUGGUGACUGCGAAAAUUGGCCAACUGGCUUGCUGUUUUGAAUGUUAAAAAUAUUUAUAAGGCCAUCAAAUCAGAAUUGAAAAAAAAAAAAAACUUAAGUAUUUGAAUUAACGUGAUUUUCUUGAAAUUGAAAAGGUGCUAUCAUAAAGUUUUUUUUCCCUCACAUA